AUGGUUUCUGUGGCAGAGUUAGUAACGAAAUUGCAUUCCAAUAUUGAUGAAAUUCACAAGACUAUCGCUUUAAUCAGCGACACCUCGAAUCAUGAUGCGGAAAUUACACUAUUAGAAAGAGAUCGCGAUGAGCAGCUUCAGCAAUUGAAGAUGGCUCAUGAGAAUGCGAUGAAAGAAGGAGAGGAAGCACAACUCAAACAGGAACAAGAGAUCAUGGAACAAAUCAAGAGAGAAGAAGAGGAGAUAAUAGAGAGGAGGAAACGUGAAGAUGAGGAGAGAAAAUUGAGAAUCGACAAUGAAGUAAGGGAGAGAGAAAAGGUAAGGCAGGAGGAAGUAGAGAAGAGGGAGGCCGAAUUCCAAAGUCAACAUAAAGAACUUGAAGAUGGAAUCGAUGAAAAAAUGGAGAGAUUGGAGGAUGAGUUAGAGCAACAAAUGAUAGAUGGGCAGAAAGCUUUGGAAACUUUAGAUUCCGCGAGAAGGGAAAUUAAUAGACAAAUCGACGAGCAACUUAAUAUUCCGACUGUACUACCUAAAAUUCAAUACAAGAGCCGCAGAAAGGUUGUAUUGAAUAACCAAGAGCCAGACCAAUUAUCGGAAAAUCAGAACAGCAAGGGUACUGAGGGGGAAGCGGAAAGAAAUCCCAUUACAAACGAAGAUUUAAGUCGUGAUGUGAACGAGCACAAAGAUGAAGAUCUUCAGAAUAAUGUAGCUGAUACUAAGGACAGUGAAAAAGACCUUGUGGUAGAGCCAACAAAGGACUUAGAAGUCCAACCAGACUCCUCACUCUCAAAGGAGGUCAUUCCCCAAGAGCAAGAGGCGCAAUCACCAAAUAUUGAGAAUUUUGAAGAACCAUCACAGCCUAUCGAAGAAACUUCUAGCUUAAUCCCCGAGGAGCAGCACAUCGAGCUUGAAGAGAAACACCAAGCUGAUCAGCAGCCCGAAUCUGAUGAUAUCGCGCAAGGUAGUCAAGAUCAUUCCAAACCAGAAACAUUGGAGCCUAUAAAAGAAAUGACCAAGGAGAUUGAUGACGCACCUGAGCCUUCCCAAGAGGAUACAACCGUUAGGGUAGAUGAAACCCCAGAGGAACCAAUUGAAUUGACUCGUUCAAUUGAUGCUCUACAAAAUGAGACCAGCGACAAUGAUCAUAUCGAAGAUAGCCAAUCAACUGAAACUUCUCAGGAAGAUGAAAACGGCAGCUCAAAGCAAGACAACAGCCUAGUAGAGGCACCAACAGAAGCCGAGACUGUACCAGUGCUUGAGCCACAUGAAUCCCCCGAAGACAGAGCAGCCAGAGAAGAAAUAGCUAAGCUGAAUGAGGAAAUUCGACGUGCUAUGGAGGAGGAAGCAAAUGAAGCAAUGGUUCCUCAUUCGGAAGCCAAGGAUGUUUCUCCGAAUGCGCAAACUACAGAAUCGGAGGUGUCACAUGCUCAAGAGACUAUUGAGGCUGAAAAUCUUGCCAAUGAAAACGAUUCAGAGGACAAAGACCUCGUGGAGGAAGAUACGUUACCUCAAGACGACAGCACACCAGUUACCGAGGCUUCCGACAUUCAGAUCGAAAAUGAUGACUCUGAACCAAAGACAAUUCCCGAGACAGUUGAAGUUGAGAACGCCCCAGAAGAUCAAGUUGUCUCUGAAAGCAAAGAAUCCGAACACGAAAAAGAAUCUCUCGAACCAGAAGUGCAAUCGGACGAUGUAACACAUGAUCCAGUCCAAAUUGAAACCGCAGAUCGAGUUCUAGCUGAGGAGCCUUCGGUAGAGAAGCCUUCAUUAGAGGACGCAUUAAAUGAUGAUUCCCCACUUGAAAAUUAUGAAGCGUCUCAAAAUGAGACAUUGGCUGUCGAUGAACCUGCGAGUGGUGCCCAACACAGCACAAUUGACGAGAUGCCCUUGAGCUUGAAGAACAAGGCAAUCUCAUCUCCUGUGCCUGAUGAAGAGUUCGACACUGCUAUCAAUGAUCAGGGUGACUCGGAGAUAGAGAAUGGAGAUAUUAUGAUGCCCGAAGAGCCUGUAAUCCCAAGUAUACAAGAAGACACUGAACAAGCAUCAAUUGAGGCGAAGGAAACACACGACGACCUAGAGCAGGUACACAACGAAGAGUCAAACAUUCUAAAGCAAUCUAUGGAAGGAGCCGUUGAGAUACCACUUCCAGAACCAGUCGAUGCAGAGGUUGAACAACUAGAUGAGGCACCAGAGAUAAUUUAUGAUGACUCGGAAUCUGCCUAUGAAAGUGAGAACGCCGCACUCGAGGAACCUGAAGUUCAUGCAAUUCAAACGCCACUACCUAAACCAGUGGAAUCAGAGAGCGCUCAGCUUAAUGAGGAACCAGCACUAGAGUCUGAACCCUUGCCAAAUAAUCUACCAGAAGUUGACAAAGACCAAGAGGAAGCUAUCGAAUCAACAAAUGCUGAAGAUGCUGUCUCCGAACCUUUGCCUAAUUCUACUGAAGACACACAGCCUACUGUGGCCGAGAAAGAUGUUGACGGUGAAGAGCCCACAGAUACCAAGGCGUCGGAACACGAGAACGAAUCUAAAGACGAGGACGUAAUUUCAGACCAAGAUCACACCGAGCAAGUUAAAGAGUCUGAAAAGGACCUUGAAGAUACUGCAAGCAUGGAUUUAAAACCUGAAGAUACCGAAAUUUUGGAGAGCGUACAUGCUCCCGAAAGACAGGAAGCAUUGCCAGCUGUCUCAGCCGAAGUGGGAGAGGCGAUAAGCAUCUCUAACGAAACAUUUCCACACUCAGAGCCAACUCUAGAUGUAGGGUCGGCAGAAAUCGAAGGCCAUGAGAGUUCCGAAACUCAUGUAUUAACUACCGAUUCAGAAUCUGCAAGCAAGGACAAUGAUGUUGUCAAUGAAGCUACUGUUCUGUCGCAAGAGGAGCAUCAUGUCGAAGAUACUGAUAUUGGUUCUAUUACAAACCCUGCAACGGACACCAAUACAAAUCACGAAAUGGAGUUAUCUGAAACUCAUGAUAUCGCUUCAGACAACACUGUCGAAGAGACUGAGAUAGCUGCCAAGCCGGUUGUUACGGUCCCCGGACCAAUCCAAGAGGCAGUUGAGUCUCCUGAUGUUGGUACACGUGAUCUAGACGUACCAGUCGAAGGCGACGUAGAGACAGACGAGAAACUGGAUGAAGAAGCUCCUUAUAGCGAUUUAAAUGAGAUCUCGCAGACCGUUGAUGAUCCUAUUCAAUUGCCAGGUCACAUCAAGUUCCGAAUUGGUGAGCCAGCUACUGUUCAGCAAGAGAAUAGCAAUGCACCAGAGAGUGAGCCCCCCACCGAAGAACAGGAAACUAUCCCUGAGAUGUUAGUUCCUGACACUGAGGAAAAAGAUCUAAAGCUCGGUCAAGAGAGCGAAGAAUCGGUGGUAGAGGCUAAUAGUACUGCGCCAGUACCAAUAGUUGAGGAAACACCCACACCUGGUCCUGAAGAAUUUGAAGGCACUGGAGAAGCAGCUUUGAAUCUUGAUGUUGGGUCGCCGCUUCCUUCGCCCACACUUCAACAGACUGCUGGUGACGAUGAUGAUGAAAGUUCCCACUUAGGUGACGUGGCUCAAGAUGAGAACCAUGUGAAUUCAAAGGAAAUAAGCCUCGAAGAAAAUUCUGAAGAUAACACAACUUCUCCCCCUCACAUGAUCGAAAGUGUGGAACUAAUGGCAUCAAGUCAAAUACCCUCUGAGGAUAUUCAAACGUCUGAAAAAGUGAUUGAGACUGAGCCGUUGAUUUGGGAAAAUGAAGCGCCAAUACAGCAACAAGUCGAAGAAGUCCCAGAGCAGACAAAUGAUGAUGCUAUAGUGGAGACUCAAGAGCAUCUUGAAGACAAGGAACUUCCCGCUAUUUCUAUUGAUGAGCCAAUGCAUCUUGUUGAUGAAACACGAUUGAAAGAGAGCACAGCAGAAUCUGAAAGGCAGCAAAAUACAAAUUUCGCGCCUGAGACCGUUACCUCGGUACCAGAGAUAUCUGCCCUGGAAAGCGUGAAUGGCGAAGCAUUUGAAGUGCCGUCUGAGGUAGAACAAAUAAAUGCCGAGAGACACAACGAUAAUGAUAAGGACAGCGUUAAUGACAAAAUUGCCGAUGCUGUUCAUGAAGAAAGCGAGAUCGACGAGACACAAGACCAUCACGUUGAAGAGUCUAGAGAAACUGACCAUCCUAUUAAUCUCGAGACAGAAGAUGAGUCACACAUAAGUCCAAACAACUCAACCAAUUCUGAACCCGUCCACAAUGAACCCUUACUUCAAGAGAACGAACAGCCUGCUGCUAUCGAAUCAGAGCAAGUCAAGAUUGAACCGGUAUUGAAAGUGGCCAAUUCAGAUAUUCUAUCUCCACCUCCACAAACACAACACGAAGACCCUGAGGAUGUUCGUGCAAGAGAGGAGAUUGCUCGUUUGAAUGCAGAGUUUAUGAAAGCUGUCGAGGAAGAACAAGCUGCUGAACAAGAGACUGAACCUGUCGACAUGAGCACAGAGAAGAAUAGCAAUGAUGUCGACAAAAAUGAACUUGUUGAAGCAGAGCAAGAGAGACCAAGAAGAGAGAGUGCCGAAGAUAUCGCAGCCAAAGAAGAAAUUGCCUUGUUGAAUGAGCAAAUGAAACAGCUAAGUCAACAGCAAGAUAAUGGGGAUAAAUCUGCUGAGAUUCAGGGUGAAAAAGAAAAGAACCAUGUUGUCGAUGAAAAUAAACCUCAAACACUCGAAACGAAAGAGUCAUCGGGUACCCUGAACAAAACCCCUCAAAAUGAAGAACAUACGGAAGAGGAAGAUUUUCACACCACACUCAUUCAACAAGAUGAGCAUCUAAAUCCUUUCGAACAUCCAGAUGCAGUACUAAGUGAGGAACAAAGUGCUGAGUCAAUCACUGACGAGCCAAGUGCUGAAGUUAACGCUUUACAGUAUGAGCAUGAAGAUCAUAAUCCAGAAGACUCGGGCUCGGAAGGUGAAAGGACCGAACAAGGUGAGGAAACAGAGAACUAUUCUGAAAGCGAAAACGAAUGGGAUCAAUCCUCAGAAGAAGAAGAGGGGCCGCUUCCUUAUCUUGAGACAAUCCGGGAAGAAUCACAUGAUGGUGCCUCCCGUGUCGGCGAAGAUGACGAGGAUGACGAUGAAGAUGAAGAAGACAUGCCUAAGAGUAGAUUCUUCCAUUCACAUUGGCAGUAUGAGGACUCCGGUGAUGAUAAUGGGUUGAAAGAACAAAGAGAUAACAACCCGUUAGUAUCAGAGUCAGAAGAUCCAGCUAACAAGGAAGUCUCAACAGGAAUCCUUCAAGACGAGCUUGGCCAUCCAAGCGGAUCCAAUCUUGAGGUUUCAAAUUCUGGGCCGAGCAAAAGAUCACAUACACCAAUGGCAUUAAUGUUUGGUUCCGAUGUCAAAGAUACAGAGUCACCUCACGAAGUCAGCUGCACAGAUAAAUUAAUCGAUGGCAGUCCAGAGGCACCAAUUGAAAACGCGAUCAUCUCUAAUUCUACGGAUCUGCCACGAGUGUUAGAGCCAAGUCCUGACAUUGAGGAAAAUCGUGGAAAGUCCGAGCCGGUGGAAGAGGAAGAUCUUGUCGAGAAUAACAACCUCACUCCAAAAGCUAAACCUCGACGUCCAGCAUCGAUGUAUCACCGAAAUAGUGAUUUAAGUCCAGAACAUGAAGCAGUAUUCUCGAGAGUUUCACAAAUUCGAAGCAGUCUAACACCUUCACCGGAACCACAUCCAUCACCUGUAUUGAGUCCUAGAGCAAGAUCUGAGAGAUUUCCACCGGAUGAACACAGAAAUUACUUAGAUGCCUCUAUUAACAACGCCUAUAAUGGAUGGGGAUAUCCUCAAGACGGUGAUCAGCAACAAGAUUACAGAACUCAAUCGAAUAACGAUAAUGGUCGUAACCGUUCUCAUACAGUUGAUACAGUUCCAUCAUUCGAACAUUAUGCAUCAGAUGAUGGUGAAUCAGGUCCUCCGACUCCACCUCAACAACCACAAUACUCUGAUGCUGUGUCUCAACAACCACACAUUAGUCAGAUGAUGGCAACAGAAUUUGAAUCGUCGGAAGGAUGGUCACAUCAAAAUGAUGAUACCCAGGAUGAUUCAGCAAAUCAAGAACAAAACCUGGAUGAAAUUAUCAAAUCUCCUAAUCUACAAGAUGCUGCGGAAUUUGAUCCUUUCAACCCACAAGAUUACAAAUCUCCAAUUAUAAGUCCUGCACAUUCAUCUUCCUUUCACGUAAGCAACGUGCAUUUGGAUCAAGAAAAUCCUCCAGUUCUAGCACCAACUCCACCAUCGCUCAUUCCUUCUGAGAAGAUCUUGAGCUCCAAUGCACCUGUAUCGGCCCCAAUAUUCACGGCUCAGACACCCAUUCAGACCGAAGAGAAGUCAUCUUCUGAACUACCCCCAAAUCUUCAUUCCAUUCCUUGGACACAGUCAGAAGAUCUCUCCAAAACCGCAGCCGUAAUUCAGGAAAAAAAAACCCCAUCCCCACAACGGAAUCCAAGACCUGUUAGUUCCAUCUUCGCUCGAACACGUUCUCUAUUCGAAGCAGGAGCAAACGAUUCAAGUCCACCGCCUAAACAAAGACCGCUUUCCGGAAUGAGCAUUUUCAAUGUUGGUUCACCGAAUCGUUCGAACACACCGGUUCAAACUAGACCACAUAGUCUUUCGGUCUCGAGUCUGAGAAGUAGGAGUGAGAGUUUGUCAAAGAGAUCGAGUUUGAGUUUUGGGGAGAAUGCGAAUGUUAAGGCUGAUGUAAACGCGAAUGCCAAAGUCAAUGCCAAUGCGAACGCAAAAGAUGACUAUGAUCCAGAUACAGAUGCAGACUUCCUGCCAAAGAGUCUAGAUGGCGAUGGAAGAUUACCUAGUCCGGUCUUUGGAUUACCGGGGCAUAAAAGUAGUGGAAGUCUUGAUGGAGGGAGACUAUAUGGAGAUAUAGAUGAUCCCUUUUUUACGAAUGGUGGGGACAAGGGGAGUACGGGAUGGAUGGGGGGCAUGAGGGGUGCGGAGAGGGAACCUCUCUUGAAGGAUGGAAAUUGA